AUGGUAACUAUCAACGAUACCAUAUUUACAACCAAACCAUCCACCACAGAUGAUGAUGCUACUGCUGCUGCUAAUACAACCACACCAGGUAAGACGGUGAUUUCUCCCGUCGAACCAUCCAAUAAUAAUAGCAAUACUCUUGAUAUCACCAGUAGUUUCUCUGAUCCAGAAUCAGGUAAUGGUGAUGAUGGUAGCACCAGUUCAAGUGGUAGCAAUCACAAUAGUCAAUCAAUCAAUCACACCAAUGACAAUAACAACAACAAUGAUAAUGACAUUAACAACAAUGAUAUUGAGAUAGAUCAUCAAGAAGAAUAUAUUCAAUCUCAUCAUGAUGAUGAUCCAUUACUUGAUUUUGUAGAUGAAAUUCCAUUAUUAAUCACGGAUCAUGAUGUAUUUAGUGAUGAAGAUAGUUUUUCAAUCAGAUCAUCGAUUGACAAUCAUUUCAAACAAGAAGAAGAACAACAAAAACAACAACGUUUACAAUUCCAAUUACAACUUCAAUCACAAGCAAGAUUCCAUCGUCCAACUACUUUAUCUCAUGAGAUCACUAAUCACAACAAUAAUAAUAUUAUUAAUGGUAAUAUUAAUCACAUUGUGCGUGAAGGGACACCUGCAACAUCAAUCCCGGCAUCUUCACCAAUGGCCAAACAAGAUAAUCCAACCCCAAGUGAUCACGAUGUUGAUGAAACUAUUGUUCGUAAACCACCACCUAUUUUAACUGAACAAAUUCGUGAAUCAAUCAUUGCUUCUAAAAUCAUUGAAAAGCAAAAACAAGAACAACUCAAGAAACAACAAUCACAAUCACAACAAGAUCAAAUCCAACAACAGGAACAAUCACAAUCACAAUCACAAGAUCAGUCAGUUGAAUCAAAGCAAGAUAAGAUCUUCACCAAAGAUGGCUUAACUUUCUCUCAAUUCAAACAAGAAAGAAAUCAAUUGAUGUCAAUCAUAAUCAAAUACAUCGCCACCAAGAUCCAUAAUUCAUUCCCUCCCGAAAGACCAAAGAUGUUAACUAAUGGACAAUUGGAAUUAUCCUUGGAUAAAUUUCUCUUAUUAUUAACAUCGAGAUUAAAAUUGAAUUUAACGAUGUUUAUGAAGGGGAUCAUCUAUUUAUUCAGAUAUAUGGAUAUCAUUUAUUUAUUAAGAUAUCUUAAUCAAACCAAUAAUUUCGUUAAUUAUAACGAUAUGGGAUUUGAAUUGAAAAAAUUGAUUAUUGGAUGUUUUAAAUUAGCCAUUCUUCGUGAAAAGAAGAUCUCCAGCAAGGAUCAAUCUCAAAAGACAAUCACAUCUUCCAAUCAAACUACUGAAAUUGGUGGUGAUCAAUUUAAUUUCAAUUGGUCUCACAUCACAGGUUUGCCCAAUCUGGAAAUCAAUCAAAUUGUAAAAACCAUCAUGAAUAGAAUGAAUGGGAAAUUAUUGAUUAAAGAUGUGGAAUUAGUGAGAUUAAAGUCGGAAAUAUUUAGAUUUGUUAAAAUGGUUGCAACUGAAGUUUAA